AUGCCCUGUCGCAUCUCAUUACAAGUACUAGCCACCAGGUGCUCGCCUAGCCUCGGCGUAGCAGCGCCACGAUCAUUCCGAUUUUGGAGUCCCCAGAGCCCAGUAUUCUCCAUCUCCACGCGUUCUACAUCAAGCUCGUCACCGCAACCUAGCGCAGAAAAACACUCGUCCAGACGAGGUCGGCGGAAGAGCGACUCGCCUUCUGCGAAAACUCAGGUCGAUGCAUCUCGAAAAGCUUCGUUGUUGCUGAAUCGCUUGAGCAAGGCUGGCAAGAAACCCUCACAGAAUAUACCGAUCGCUCCAGACUCCGAGCAGGCUGUCUCUGCCCCUGCAACGUUAUCCCAUAAGGAUAGUCUGCCCGUAGAGCCUGACGGCGAAGAGCGAAAAAGCGUCGAGAUUGAUGAAAAGGAAGAAGCAAUUCAAAAACUUAUUCUUGGAAGACGGAGAAAGCUUCUCUGGCCGGGAGUAUGGACAGUCUUUGCAGUCGCUGGCACAUACGGUACAUUGGCAUACCUAGAUAUCAAGUACAACUCAGAAGCUGCAUUUAGUCAUGUUGAAUUGCCCGAACGGAGUCAAUUACCGCAAUCCUGGUUCCUCACACCAACCGUCAUCAAGGAAGGUCUGAGAACAGGCUGGAAUGAGCUCGACAAACUCACAAUCGGCAUCGUUGUAGCGAGUGUCGCCAUUCACUUCAUGAAGAGGUCCCCACUACCAUUCUGGGAACACCUUAUUCACAUAACCGGCGAGAAGAAGUAUACGGCCUUCACAUACCCACUCGUGCACAGCAACUGGGCACACAUAGGACAGAACAUGUUUGCGCUGUGCUGGUUUCUUCCGGGUGUUGUGCGAUACUUCGACGGCGACAUGUUUCACACAGCGGCUUUUUUCGCGAGCGUUCCGCUUAUCACAAGCUACCUGCAGCACUUUGCUUUUCGGUGGGGCACGGUCAACAGCCUGCCGCUGAAUAUGGGAUCAAGCGGGGCGAUUGCUGCAGUGUUUGGUGCGUUCUGUAUGGCCUAUCCGGACGAGAAGGUGUGGAUGCCUAGUUUUGUGAUUGUGCGACUCGAUGCUCAGUACUGGGGUGCCCUAUUCGCGGCCUGGCAACUGGUCGCGAUGGUGAAGACGCAAACGGGAGGGAAUCGGCCGGCAUUCAUGGUCCACCUUGUCAGCUUAGGACUGGGGGCAGCCUACGUCUAUUUCGACGGGCAAAAUCUGGUCUGGAAGCCAUUGAUCACGCGAUUGUCAAAGGACGAGUGA